AUGCUCGGUCAUAUCAACUUUAAUUCUUGGAAGGCAGGCACCUCCCGACAAAAUGUAUCGGUCAGAUUCUUGUAUUUUCAAAGCAAGCUGGCGAACGCGAUCGUCGCUAGGCAGAUCGCGAAGCGGUAUGCGGAUAGGGGAAUCAUCUCCAUCUCCGUUGACCCAGGGAACACCAAGAGUGAUCUUCAACGUUACGCCAGGCAGCGCACCGGGGUCGAAGGGUUGCUCAUAAGCAUCGUGUUAAAGCUCCUUCUGCACCCGACACCUUUCGGCGCACUUACACAACUGUGGGCGGGGACGAUGCCCGAGGCGAUCAAUGCCAAUGGAGAGUUCGCGGUCCCGACCGCACAAGUCGUUAAAUGUCGCUCGGAGGUGUACGACGACGAGCUUGGCCGGAAGGUAUGGGAGAGGCUCGAGGAGGAGGUGAAGGGGCAUUGAGGCUUGGUGGACUGUCACCAUGAGACGCGGAAUGAAGGCGAUGCCCGGAGACAGGCGUAUCGUGUACGAUGCUAGGUUCUUCUGGUCUGUUUAUGUUUCUUGCGUCGACUCGAGGCGUGUGUCAUGCUAUGUGAAGGCAUGCGGAAUGCCGGGAGCUUUAUCUGAGAGAUGAGGGCCUGUAGUGCCAUGACUAGCAUAUAUCUCCCCGACCACUAUUCUGCACCUGAUUCAUCGGUUUGUGGAGUCGAAUGCCGCCAGAAUUUGUUCUUCACAAGGAGCUGAUGCCGGGAUACUAAGACCAUAUAAGGAUUGAGAGC